GUGCACGACCUUGUAUUGGUUGUUCUGGCGCCCUCUGCUGGCCUGCGGGUGCACGAGCAGGGAGGAUCCUAUAAAUAAUUUUUAGGGGGCUGGGGGUUGAGUAGGUAAGGUGCACUGGGCUUAGUUGUUAGGGUGCUGGGGACUCAGUACAAAAGGAUCUGUCCACCUCUGCUGGGCUGAGGGCAUAUACUUAUGGGCAAAGAGAAAAAAGAGGUGGAGGAGGAAGAAGAGGGAAGGAAGGAGAGAGAGAAGAAAGAAAAGGAAGGAAAGAACGAAAGAAAUCUGUGUGGCUUUGCAGAAAAACAACAGCUAAUUAAAACUUGGGUACUAUUUGGUGUUGAUUUCCUGAAUUUGAACCAACAUACACAGAGAUUAAACCAGAAGAAAAUGAUGUGGUGACCGUUUCUGAGCCCAGCUAUUCGAUACGGAAUGCAGUGUAUGCAGUGUCCCAUGCCCUCCAUAAAAUGCUGCUGAGCAAAAUUGAAAUGGGACCUAAAGAAGACAGAAACAUGGACUGGCUUCUUCCAUGCCAGGUAAGCCUCACUCAUAAGCAAGGGAAGCAUCAGGAUUUUAUAUUAUUGACUGCAUUGACCUACAAUGAUGUCCAUGUGAACUUCACUCGAGAAGAGUGGGCUUUGCUGGAUCCUUCCCAGAGGAAUCUCUACAAAGAUGUAAUGCUAGAGAUCUACAGGAACCUCACUGCUAUAGGCUACAAUUGGGAAGGUCAUAAUAUGGAAGAUCAUUGUCAAAGUUCUAGAAGACAUGCAAGGUAUGAAAACAGUGAUAGCAGAGACAAACCCUCUGAAGAUACUCAAUAUAAUGAAAUAUUUGCACCUCACAGUGGUUCCCACACAUAUGAAAGUAUCCAUACUGUUGAGGAUUGCUAUGAAUGUAACCAAUAUGGGAACGCCUUUGCACAUAACAGUCAUCUCCUAAAACAUAAAAGGACACAUAUAGGAGAGAAACCUAAUGAAUGUACACAAUAUGGUAAAGCCUUUGCAUGUAACAGUGAUCUCCUAAGACACGAAAGAACUCACACUGGAGAGAAACCUUAUGAAUGUAACCAGUGUGGUAAAGCCUUUCCAUGUAAUAUUGAACUCCUAAGACAUGAAAGAACUCACACUGGAGAGAAACCUUAUGGAUGUAACCAAUGUGGUAAAGCCUUUGCACAUAACAGUAGUGUCCUGAGACAUCAAAGAACUCACACUGGAGAGAAACCUUAUGAAUGUAAGCAGUGUGGUAAAUCCUUUGCACAGAACUUUAAUCUCCUAAUGCAUGGAAGAUCUCACACUGGAGAGAAACCUUAUGAAUGUAACCAAUGUGGUAAAGCCUUUGGUCGUAAAAGUCAUCUCUUAACACAUGAAAGAACUCACACUGCCGAGAAACCUUAUGAAUGUAACCAAUGUGCUGAAACCUUUGCACGUAACAAUAGUCUCCUGGUACACUAUAGAACUCACACUGGAGAGAAACCUUACCAAUGUAACCAAUGUGGUAAAGCCUUUACAUGUAACAGUAGUCUCAUGCUACAUAAAAGAGCUCACACUGGUGAGAAACCUUAUGGAUGUAACAAAUGUGGCAAAGCCUUUGCACAUAACAGUAGUGUCCUGAGACAUCAAAGAACUCACACUGGAGAGAAACCUUAUGAAUGUAAGCAGUGUGGUAAAUCCUUUGCACAGAGCUGUCUUCUCCUAAUACAUGGGAGAACCCACACUGGAGAGAAACCUUAUGAAUGUAACCAAUGUGGUAAAGCCUUUGUUCGUAAAAGUCAUCUCUUAACACAUGAAAGAACUCACACUGGAGAGAAACAUUAUGAAUGUAACCAAUGUGCUAGAACUUUUGCAUGUAACAGUAGUCUCAUGCUACAUAAAAGAACUCACACUGGAGAGAAACCUUACCAAUGUAACCAAUGUGGUAAAGCCUUUACAUGUAACAGUAGUCUCAUUCUACAUAAAAGAGCUCACACUGGUGAGAAACCUUAUGAAUGUAACCAAUGUGGUAAAGCCUUUCUACGUAAAAGUAAUCUCUUAACACAUGAAAGAACUCACACUGGAGAGAAACCUUAUGAAUGUAACCAAUGUGCUAAAACCUUUGCACGUAACAAUAGUCUCCUGGUACAUUACAGAACUCACACUGGAGAGAAACCUUACCAAUGUAACCAAUGUGGUAAAGCCUUUACAUGUAACAGUAGUCUCAUGCUACAUAAAAGAGCUCACACUGGAGAGAAACCUUAUGAAUGUAACCAAUGUGGUAAAGCCUUUCUACGUAAAAGUAAUCUCUUAACACAUGAAAGAACUCACACUGGAGAGAAACCUUAUGAAUGUAACCAAUGUGCUAAAACCUUUGCAUAUAACAGUAGUCUCCUGGUACAUAAAAGAACUCACACUGGAGAGCAAUUUCAUGCAUGUAACUAGUGUGUUAAAGUCUUUGCAUGUAACUGUGUCCUCCUAAGACAUAAAAAAAAC